ACCCGUGGUCGGAGCGGGACGAAGAUAAACUCUUCGGGAAGCGGCUGCUCCAGGCCGGGCGUUACAUCAUGUCCCACAAGGCCUGGAUGAAGACGGUGCCCACCGAGAACUGCGACGUGCUCAUGACCUUCCCGGACACCACGGACGACCACACACUGCUGUGGCUGCUGAACCACAUCCGCCUGGGCAUCCCCGAGCUCAUCGUGCAGGUCCGGCACCACAAGCACACGCGGGUUUACGCCUUCUUCGUCACCGCCACCUAUGAGAGUUUGCUGCGCGGGGCGGACGAGAUCGGGCUGCGGAAGCCGGUGAAGGCGGAGUUUGGGGGCGGGAUGAGGAGCUUCUCGUGCGAGGAGGAUUACAUCUACGAGAACAUCGAGAACGAGCUCUACUUCUUCACCUCUCAGGAACGGCAAAACAUCAUCAGGUACUGGCUGGAGAACCUGCGGGCCAAGCAGGGAGAGGCCCUGCACAACAUCCACUUCCUCGAGGGACAGCCCAUCAUCCCGGAGCUGGCGGCCCGGGGGGUCAUCCAGCAGGUUUUCCCGCUGCACGAGCAGAGGAUCCUCAAGCGGCUGAUGAAGUCCUGGGUGCAGGCCGUGUGCGAGGCCCAGCCCCUCGAUGACAUCUGUGACUAUUUUGGGGUGAAAAUUGCCAUGUACUUCGCCUGGCUGGGCUUCUACACCUCGGCCAUGGUGUAUCCCGCCGUCUUCGGCUCCAUCCUCUACACCUUCACCGAGAGCGACCAGUUGGUUCCCUCCGUCCCUCAGACCAGCCAGGACAUCUCCUGCGUGGUCUUUGCCAUCUUCAACGUCAUCUGGGCCACCCUGUUCCUGGAGGAGUGGAAGCGCCGGGGGGCCGAGUUCGCCUACAAGUGGGGGACCCUGGACACCCCCCCCGAGUCCAUCGAGGAGCCCCGGCCCCAGUUCAGGGGCAUUAAGAGGAUCAGCCCCGUGACCAGCGCUGAGGAGUUUUAUUACCCGCCCUGGAAGCGGCUGCUCUUCCAGUGCCUGGUCAGCCUGCCCGUCUGCCUCGCCUGCCUCACCCUCGUCUUCCUCCUCAUGCUUGGCUGCUUCCAGCUCCAGGAGUUCGUGCUGAGCAUCCAGGAGCUGCCCCGGAUCAUCCGUUUCCUGCCCAAGAUCAUCCUGGCCGUCAUUGUCACCGCCUGUGACGAGCUGUACAAGAAGGUGGCCUACUGGCUCAAUGACAUGGAGAACUACCGGCUGCAGAGCGCCUAUGAGAAACACCUCAUCAUCAAAAUCGUCCUGUUUCAGUUUGUAAAUUCCUACCUGAGUCUUUUCUACAUCGGUUUCUACCUCAAAGACAUGGAACGGCUGAAGGAGCUCCUGCUCAUCUUCUCUCUCUCCCAAAGCCUCGUGCGGCAGCUCAAAGAGGCUCUUCUCCCCUUCAUCCUCCUCCACCUCCACCUCUCUCUCAUCUUCCUUAAGGGCCUCCUGAGCUUUUGCUGGAGACUGGGAGUAUCCAAAAUGCUGGCCACGCUGCUCAUCACGCGGCAGUUCCUGCAGAACGUGCGGGAGGUGUCCCAGCCCCACCUGUACCAGCGGCUGCGCCGCGGGGACCUGAACCUGCGCAGCCUGCGGCAGCUCGCCCACAGCCUGCUCUGCCUGCUCGCCCCCCGCCGCCACCCCCCGCGCCCCCCGGAGGGGCCCCGCGGAGAGAAGAAGUGUCUGAACGGCGGCUGCGGGGUCCCGGAGGAGGAGGAGGAGGAGGAGGAGCGGCGGGAGUCGGACUCGGAGGAGGAGAGCGCGCUGGACUGCGGGCUGAAGCUGAAGAAGGUGAGCUUCGUGGAGCGGGCGGAGCGGCGCGGGGAGCCCGGCGGCGCCGAGGACGAGCCUUUCCUCGAGGAGGGCAGUCCCACCAUGGUGGAGAAGGGCAUGGACCCCGCCGCCGUCUUCGAGCUCUGCGAGGACGACGACGAGGCCGAAGGGCCCCCCGGGAGCCCGGCGAAGGCGGCGGAGCCGGCGGUGGUGCCGCGGGCCCGGAGGAGGCGGGAGGAGGAGGAUGGGGAGGAGGAAGGGCGGAGGCGCAACCGGGCGUCAUGGAUCGACCCGCCCGAGGAGGAUUACUCCACGCAGCUGACGCAGGCGGAGGUGGAGAGCUGCAUGAAGAAGUACGAGGACACCUUCCAGGACUACCAGGAGAUGUUCAUCCAGUUCGGGUACGUGGUGCUGUUCUCCUCGGCCUUCCCCCUGGCCGCCAUGUGCGCCCUGGUCAACAACGUCAUCGAGAUCCGCAGCGACGCCUUCAAGCUCUGCACGGGGCUGCAGAGACCCUUCGGCCAGCGCGUCGAGAGCAUCGGCCAGUGGCAGAAGGUGAUGGAGGCCAUGGGCGUCCUGGCCAUCGUGGUCAACUGUUACCUGAUCGCCCAGUGCGGGCAGCUCCAGAGGCUCUUCCCGUGGCUCAGCCCUGAGGGAGCCAUCAUCUCCGUGGUGGUGCUGGAGCACUUCGCCCUGUUCCUGAAGUACAUCAUCCAGGUGGCCAUUCCCGACAUUCCCGCCUGGGUGGCCGAGGAGAUGGCCAAGCUGGAAUACCAGCGGCGCGAGGCCUUCAAGAAGCACGAGCGGCAGGCGCAGCACCACUUCCAGCAGCAGCAGCGGCGCAAGCGGGAGGAGGAGGAGCGGCAGCGCCACGCCGAGUACCAGGCGCGGAAGGAGCGCGAAUCCAGCCGGGAUGAGGCCAAGCCCGAGGCCGCCGGGCAGGACCCGGCCCACGAGAAGAGCCAGAGCAAAGGGAAGGGCUCCGGGGGCUCCUCGCACGGCUCCGACAAGCCCAAGCGCCCCAGCUCCCUCCUGGCCACCAACAACGUGAUGAAGCUGAAGCAGAUCAUCCCCCUGCAGGGCAAGUUCCUGUCGGGGGGGGCCGGCGCCGGCGGCACGGCCACCGCCAGGUCCCCGCAGUCGCCCACGGGCAGCGAGAACAAGCUGCCCGGAUUCCUCAGCUUCAAGUUCCUCAAAUCCCCGGAGACUAAGCGGGACGCGGCCACCGAGAAGGUCCAGUCCCCCACCAAGCCAUUCAACCCCGGCAAGCUCUUCAACUUCGGCAAAUCCGAAGGGGCCGCGGGCAACGGCGGCACGGCCGGGGCAUCGCCCCAGCCCCGGCCCGGCCCCUCGGCGGACCCCGAGCGCUCGGUGCCCAGCAAGUCCCACCUCAACGGGGCUGCGGAGGAGGGGGGCCGGGAGGAGCCGGAGAGCCGGGCGGAGGAGGAGAGCGGCGGUUAUAGGCUCUAACCGGGGCUUUCGGGGGGCCGGGAGCGCGGGGGGCCGCCCGCUCGCUCCUCCGGGCAGCCGUGGCCAUCGGCAGCCUCUCGCCCCCCCUGGCCGUCCCCCCGCUCGGGGCCGGGCCGAGCCCAGCGGCCACCAGCCCCUCGCUCUGCCCCGGCCCCCUCUGCUGCGUCCCCUCGUGCCCCCCCGGCCCCUCCGCCGGGACCCGCUGCCACCCCGGAUCCCGCGCCGAGGAUUCCUGAGCGGCGGCGCGGAUGGAGCGUCCCGGCGGCUUUCCAUGCCCGCGGGUGGGAGUUAUCCCGGUGUGGCUCCGUGCCGCUCCCGGACCCUCCGGGAGGGCCGGGAUUGCCGGGAUCGGCGGCCAGAGGAGCCCGAUUCAGCCGUGCCUACACCCCCUGCCCUCCGGCCACGGCACCGUGCCCUGCUCCGUCCCGCUCCCGCCGCCUCCGCCUCGGAUCCUUCCCAGCACCGGGACCUUUUCCUGCCGCGGGAUGGAGCGGGAGGAGCAGCAGCCACCCGCCCCCCCCCCGCAUGGGCAGCGUUUCUUGCACUAAAACCCAACCAAACCCCGACGCCGGUGACUUUCUCCUCCUUCAGCCGGGGGAUGGAUGGCACCGGCCGCGACCCCCGGGACUGCAACGUGAGCCGGGACGGGCCCUUCCCAUCUCCAGUUUCGUAUUCCCUGGAAUUAUUUCGCAAUAAGGCGCUCGCACGCGCGGAGGUCGCGCCGGAGCCCGGGAGAAGGAAGGGGCUGGGACGGGGAGGGGGGUGGGAGCCGCUUCGCCGCCGCCGGGGGAAGGUUUUGCCGGAUUUGCGUCGCCGGGUCUGGACUUGGAGCUUCCCGAGCCUUGUCCGUGCUGGGAAGGAGGGGGUGGUCCCAGCUCCCCCUUUCCUGCUUUGCUGCGGUUCUGCUUCGCUUUCGGGGCCGGGACGGGGCGGUGGCACCUCGCAGGUGACCCGGGUGGGGACACCCAGCCCUGUCACCCCCCCCCCGGCCCUCGCCACCAGCUCCGCUCCGCCCGCAGCCGCCCACAUUCCCAAAGGAAGCCGGGGAAAGGGGAGGGGGCUGCCGGGGGUCACCCCUUCACUGUGCCUGGCCCAGGCAGGGGGGGCUGAGCCCUCCUUCUCCCCCCACCCCCCCACCCCCCAAAAAAAAAAAAAAUCCCCCAGGCCUGGGCUGCAGAAAACGUCAGGUUGGAUUUUCCCCGCCGCCUCUUUCCAGAAUUCACGGAAAUUUCAGUUUUUGGGGGUCUAAAGAAGCCAUUUUAUACAGCAAUAAGGGCAGGGGAGGGCCGAGGCUCCGCCUGCUGCUCCGCUGCCGAGGGAACAGCGCAGGGAGAUGUUUUCCAGGGAAAAGGGCUCCCCCGUGGGAGCUGGGGACACCCCGGAGCUUUGCUGGGCCUGGAAUGGGGGGGCCGGGAGGGCUCUGGGCCCUCCUCACCCUCCCACACGUGGGGGACGCAGGGAGAGGAAGAUGAGGGAGAUUCUGGGGUGAAGCCCGGGAAAAGGGAGCACUGGGAGCACUGGGAGCACUGGGAGCACUGGGGCCCAAAGCUCCCCGAGAGCGGGGAGGGGUCGGGCCACUCUCCCUCCCUCCCUCCCUCCAUUCCAUCGAGUUUUCCUGCUCUGCCGCUCCC